ACGGCAAUAGUCGUGUGUGUGAUUUCCACGUCUCACAAUGGUUAACUGAUGUGGGAGGGGUUGGUUGGGCUUCUGGAGAUCCACAUUGAUUUUUAUGUUCAGAGCGAAAGCCUUGCUGCUGCCGGAUAGUCCUGCUCUGCCCAACUGCUUGUGUAUGCCCACUGGAUGCCCGGGUCCAGACAGCAAGACUCCACACAUGGGGGCAGGAGAAAAGUCCCAGUAACCCCAGGAUCUAUGUCCAGGCGGAGGAAGGGGACUCAGUCUUUCUGGGGACUUCAGUCUCCUCUACUUUAAGUGCUGCCAUGCAGUAUGAGCCUGGACCAGGAUGGAGGGUGCAGUGACUGGUUGCGUUGUAUUAUGGAGAUGAUUUGAUCUUCUCACCCAACAAUGAACAACAGCACGGAGGAGACAUCGUAUAGGGGACUUCUGUCCCCAUCGAACACUACAGACCUCAGGGACUUCAAGAUAUCGGUCUUGUUUUCCAUAGUAUUCAUGACGGUGGGGAUCACAUCCAACAGUCUUGCCAUAGUCAUACUCUUGAAGGCCUACCAGAGGUUCAGGAAGAAGUCCAAGGCCUCCUUCUUAUUGUUUGCCAGUGGCUUGGUCUUCACUGACUUAUUCGGCCAUCUCAUCAAUGGGACUAUCGCGGUCUUUGUCUAUGCCUCCAAUAGAGAAUGGUCAAAAUUUGAUCAUGCGAACAUUCUGUGCAGCAUAUUUGGCAUGUGCAUGGUGUUCUUCGGCCUCUGCCCACUCUUACUAGGGAGUGUGAUGGCGGUUGAGAGGUGUAUCGGAGUCACUGAGCCCAUCUUUCACUCAACUAAAAUGACCUCAAGACAUGCCAAGAUGAUCUUGGCUUUCGUCUGGCUCUUUGCCAUCUCAGUGGCUUUGUUGCCUAUUGCAACUUUAAGAUCCUACCACAUCCAGGCCACCAAGACAUGGUGUUUUUUCAAGACUGAACAGAUUGAAGACUGGAUGGAUCAGUUCCAUUUGCUGUUUUUUUCCUGUUUGGGGCUCCUUUCUUUGGCCAUCUCAUUUGUAUGCAACGCCAUGACUGGAAUAACAUUGAUCAGAUCCAAACUGAAAAGUCAGCAACACAGAAAAGGCAGAUCCCAUCACCUGGAGAUGAUAAUCCAGCUGCUGGCUAUCAUGUGUGUCUCGUGUAUUUGCUGGACUCCGUUCUUGGUUACAAUGGCAAAUAUUGGAUUAAAAAACUACGGAUCUCAGGACCCUCACGAGACAAUCCUUUUUUCUCUUCGGAUGGCCACUUGGAAUCAAAUAUUAGACCCAUGGGUUUAUAUUCUUCUAAGGAAAACAGUCCUAAGAAAACUUUUCAGAAUUGUCCAGCGUUGUUGUGGCAUAGAAAUCAUAGAUUUACAUGGUUGGGAAUUUAGCUCCAUCAAAAACUCCCUCAAGGUCGCUACAGUCUCGGAACAUCCUGGUUGCUCACGAACAAAUACCUUGAGUAUCUCUCCAAAAACAGAUACAGAACAAAAAUGUGAACUCAUUGAAAGAAAUUAAAGCACUUUUUCAACAGUUUGUCAAAAAUUAUAUCCCCAAAAGUGUAUAUGAUGAGGCUAUGUCAUCAUGGUGAUCUAAUACAGAGUGACCUCAUGCACCUUCAGCAAGACUGAUAUAUUUCUUAGCAUGGCAAACAGCAUAGACCUCUUUUUGUGCCACAAUGAAGACUGUAAGUCUUGUAAACAGUAGGCAAUGAUCCGUAAGAUGUAUAUGAUGGUAAUUUCAUGUACUGUAUAGCUUAAUGAAUGGCUGGUUGGGUGUAGUGUGACUUUCUCAUUAUAGAAGGGAUUACAAAGAUGUUCAUAUGCAAAUGAUGAUAAGCAGCUACCCAUCAGGCUAUUUUAAUUUUAAACCAAAUUAACAAAAUAGGGAGAAUAUUUUCAAAAACUUAUAUACAAUAAAAAUAUGAAUGGGGAACACAAAAACAACAAUUAAGAUUUUAAAGGGUCACUAAGUUUUCACAAAACUUAGAUCAGUGCGGGUCUGAGGGCUGAGAACCCCACGAGCCCAAGAAAGAGGGGAGGAAAGCUUGUGCAUAAUGCACUCUCUAUCCUCGCUGCUGAGGUUGGAAUCAAGAUUGGCGCAUAGACUUCUAUGGAGCCCAUCUUGUGCAGCGAGGAGAGAAAAGGCGCUAUACUCGUGGUUCUCUCCCCUCGACCGUGGCCAAUGUUACCAUGGAGCUCUAGCUUAAAAGUCAAUUAGAGCUGAAGUGGUAGAUACGUUUUUCUAAAUGUGUGGACCACUUUGUUCAGUCACAAAUCCUUAUAAUUUUUGGAAAUUUCUAAAUUUCCUAUUAAAAUGUUCAAAAAUUUAAUUAGCCAUUCAAAUAUUCAGCCAAAUGUUCCUAUUCUCAAUGACAGAGGGAUAACUGAUAGUUUUUGCCCUGUUAAAAACAAGAUUCUUGAUUUAAAAGAUUUAAUCUUUUUGUAUUUGACGUUUAAGAUUUUUAACCUAAUUUUAAUGUAAUGUGUUCAUAUUUUAUGUUCUUACGUGCAUAAAAAAUGUGCUGUUCAUUUGAAGCUAUUUUUAUAAAAGUUUUUGAUAAUAUUCUCCAAAAACACCAUGCCAUAUACAUUCAGUAUUGCCUUGCAAGUUCACUAAUAACACGUAAACUAAAUCUAUAUUUUUUAAAGAAGCAAAAGGAAUGUAAAUGUUACAUUUUCAUGUGCUUUUUUUGUAGCAUUUUUGUCUUAACAUAUAGUGCAAUAUUACUGUAUAUAUAAAUAUAUUUAUGUCAGGAGUCAAAAAAUGUCCGUUCUGUGUUUGUGUUUAUAUCAAAAUCUUUAUUGUAUAUUUGUCUAGGUAACUAACAUUUCAUGAUGUGCACAAAAUGUUUGUUUUUUUUAAAUCUAAAAUUUGGAUUGUUUAUGGAGGAAAAAAGUAUUCUAUGAGAAAUGGUAAUGUAACGGUAAUGUUGUGAAUUUUUGACAAAAUGUCCUUUAAAUAUUCAGCUUGAAUUUAGAACAGAAUAUUUCUACUGUUAUUUUCUUGACACUAAAUUCAAGAAAAACACAGUUACUUUCGGUAUAAUAUAUGAUGAUGCAGCUCAACUAAUUCUGGGAAGGAGGAGACCAAUAAUGGAGCCAUCAUUACACAUAUGUGAAUGGAGGAUGGAAUAUAAAAAAAUUACAAAAAGCAAAAAACAAAACAAAACAACAUGUACAGUAAUAUUACUUCAACUGGGCAUCAAAGGAAUCAGAUUGGUGCCAGAUUAUCAGAACUUCUGUUGCCCAGGAUAAAAACAAAAACUGUUAAAACAAAAACAUGAAACCCAGAAUAUUUACCAUGAUUAAGCUAAAAAACAUUCUGUUCUGAUUCAUUUCUUAAUAUAUAUUAAGUUGAUAUAGAACUCCAAAUUCACUUCAUAGUUAUCAAGUUAAAAUAAUGAAUUCUAGUCGCCUGCACCUACCACUAGGGGGAGCUUAUAAGCCCACUGCAUACUUUUACUGAGUUCAACGCAUUACCUGUAUGCUGUAAGCUAUUAAGCUAUUCCUAUGGGCAGAAUGUUAUCAUUUUGCUUGAGAUUGUAAAGGAUUUGGAACUCUGUUUCAGAAGUACAGAUUUAUGUGCCUCCAUAGAUACAGCUUACAAUUAAGCCUGUGUGCAGUCAGAUCUUUAAAGGGGUUGUCUCAAGAUUUAAACUUACCCCCUAUCCACAGGAUCUGAUCAAUUUGGGUCUGACCGCUGAGACCAAUCACAACUGCAUCCCCCCCAUAUGAACAAAGCAGAAGUUGGGUAUUCGUGCUGCUGCUCCAGUUAACUCUAUGGGACUGCUGAAGAGAAGCCAAAUACAGUGCUCGGCAAUCUCCACCAGAAUGGAGUGGUGGUACACAUGCUUGAAAACCAUUCACACAAGGAGGGACACAGGACCCCUAUCCUUGUGAUUGGUGGGGACCCGUCAGUCAAAUCACCACCACAGGACACAUCUCUUAUCCUGUCUCAUAGUUCUGCAUAGGAGCUGUGUACACAAAUCUGAUUUUUAAUCAAGACUGUUUGCAAAAUUGCUUACAUUUUUUGGAACGGCUAAAAAAUUGGCUGCAAGAAAAGUCAUAUUCAUUUAGUUUCACUUGUUACCAUACUCCGAUACAGUCAUUUUCAAAUGAUUCAAAGCUCGGUCUUUGGAUGUACAGCUCUAGAUAAAUGUAAGUGUAAUUGCCAUUUUGCACUAAUUUAUAUGAACAAAUUAGAAUUCAUGUUUUAACGUUUUGUCAAAAUUGGGUCUUUCUAGUUCAGGUUUUAAUUAUUAAAUGAUCCAAUUUUUUGAAAAAAG